GCGUCAACAUCCACACGAAAGACCCUAAAAGCGACGACCAAAACCAUUCCAACACCCGGAACGCGUCUCGCAACUGCUAAUCCUUCCUUAGCAAAACAGACCAUCAACAAUAAUUUAAAAUCUCUAAAUAAAAUUUGGCAUGAACGCUUAGAUAUUGCAAAUAAGCGCGUAUUAACCGACUCCAAUAUCCAAAACAUUGAUGAUAAGAAUGUAUCAUCUCACUCAAAUGUCCAAACUUUGAUUAACGCGACUCUUACGGCCGUUGGUGAAUUAGAGCAAAUAGAAACAAAGUUAAAUCUUAGAGCAUUAGACCUCGAAAAGGCAUACUCGAAUUUGAUAAAGAGCAUGAUAGACUUUGGUUUGUAUAGAGAAGCCAUUCAGCCUUUAUUAAAGCUCCGAACGCGUCUUUUGAAUUAUCUUGGAGCAACCAAUGCAUCGACAAAUCCAAGUAGAAGCUCUAAUGUCCUUCAAAAUAUGACACGCCCACAAAUGAAAAAUAAAAUUGGCAGAGAACCAAAGCAUAUUAAUAGUUCGAAUUGCCUAUUUAAUUUAUUUUCUUUUCAUGCUCUCAAUAAUAGCAAAAAUGUAAAUAAUGAGCGCUUGCCCGAAAUCUUAAAAAGUAAUGAUAGUGGAAAUCCCAUCAAUAUUUGCCAAUCUUUGAGAAACGCAGACAUAAAAAAUAUGACCAUAUAUGCAGAAAUGUUAAUGCGAAUAAUCUCGAAAGCAUGUGCCAAACUUCAAGACCUCUCAGAUUUUGAAAUAUUGCCGAAAUUAAAACAAUUGCAACAAGAUUUGCGAAAUAUUAUUGUUCUUAUUCCAUCAAGUGUACAAAAGACUGAGCUAUCUAAGGAAGAAAUAUGUGCUAAAUCACAGUUGUUUAAGGCGGCUGAAUCAUUAAGGCGGCCAUGGUGUAAAAUUAUGGAAUCCAUGGAAGAUAAUUCUAAGAACAAACCUGUAGGGGGGAUUUGUACCAUUAUUAAAGAAACCAUAGAAGACAUUGCUUUAUGUUUAAAUACAGUAUGCGUCAAUUUUCACAAAUAUAAGAUUCCUUUUUCUCAUAAAGAUUCGGAUAAUCUAGAUCCAGAAAAAGCUUCCCUAAUUGCUAUCAGUAUAUAUGAAGACCUUUCUAGGUUCACACUAGCUUUCUAUAAAACAAGCUCCUUAAGGACAUGUAUUUGUUAUAUCGAAAAAGCACUCGAAAUUGCACAUAAAACAUCUUGCCAUGAAGGGCUUCUGUGGAUUUCUAAUUCAUAUUAUCGAAUAGGUGCCUUCUAUCAUAACAAUAACCAAGUUCAGCUUGCGAUCGAACCAAUACAGCAUGCAUGUACAAUUUUGGACAAAUAUAUGUGUAAAAUGCAACAAACAAGCGAUAAACCUUCAAAAAAUAUAGAGGCAAUUCAGGCACAGUUGAGCAAAAGGUAUGAGGCCUUAGGAGCCUGCUGGAAUAUGUUGGGUGAAACCAAGAAUGCUCGUAUUUCAUUUGAGAAUGCACUUAGAUAUUUUCCGAAAAGUGAAUUAAUUCACCUUUCAGAACUGGUUUCGACACAAGGAAUAUUUUCUGCGUUUCAACAAGCAUCAACAGUUUCAAAGUUAAUUGAACGCUAUAUUAAAUUGUCAUUUGCUGAUGAUCUGGAUAUCAAUGUUUCAUUACCACACGAAAUUUUGUCAGACGAUAAUAUUGAAUUAGCAGGUUUAAUGGAAUAUGAACUGCGUGUGUUAAAAGCAUUUGAAGAUAAAUUGAGCGGUUCAAAAGUGGAUUCACUAUUAAUUGAAAAAUUAUUGACAUUGUAUUGUCGAGAGGAGUUUCCAAUUCGCAGGGCCAGGGUAUUAAUCGAAAAAUCUAAAGUAAUGAGAUAUAAAGAAAUAAAUAUGGAAAUAACAGCUAUGGCAUUAGCUGAAGAGGCAAUAGAAUUAUUAAAAUCAGAUAAUGCAGGGCAAGAUGCGUCACUUUUGCACCUUCGUCCACAUUAUUUAGCCAUUGCAUAUUCUUGGAUUGGUAUCUUGAUACUAGAAUCUGGAAAACAAGCUACUGAUGUAUUUAAGCGUGCCUUGAUUAUUUGGAGAAGUAUUUUAGCAAACAUUCCUCUAUGUUUCAAUGAGAAUACUGCUUCACAAUAUGAUAUUGAAAAAACUAAAAAAAGCAUUGACGAUGUGGAAAGAUUCUACGGACAUCUUCAAAUGCUAGCUGAUUUUCUUGCAAUGUCAAAUCAGCCAAUCAAUCAGAUUUUGACAUUAAAGCUGAUGUUAGGACUAAACAAUGGCAUCAAAGAUGAUGUAAAAGAUUCUCAUUCUGAUUCAGUAGCUUUAUACAUCCAAAUUGGUAAAAUUUACCUUAACCUCGGAUAUACGGGUAAAGCUGGAUUGGCGUUUUCGCAAGCAAAAGCCAUUCUUGAUUCUCAUAGAUGUGUCGAUGAUGUACAUUUGUCAUGGAUGUUGGGAUAUAGUCAUUACCUAUGUUCUAUUGGAAACAUUGAUAAAAGCAUUUUGAUUUUUAACCAGACAAAGCCCUUUGCUGAUCGCAGGAUUACCCAAAAUGAUGCUCGCCAUAGAAAACAUGAACAGUGUUUGUUGGCGGAUGCUUAUUUGGCGCACUCAUAUAUUUCAAUACGUUUGGGUAUCUUGGAAGAUGCUAUUGUUUACUGCACAGAGGCCGUACGACUGCUUAACAGGCUGAUGAGAAGUAUUAAUAAAAGUUCAAGGUGUUUAAAGGAGCAAAUGAACGCAACUGCCAACCCAUUUCUUGUUGAUAAAACAACAAAUGAGUCUAGUUUAAUUAAAGAUGGGAAUUAUGUCGGCGGAUUUUUGACAUUGUCAGCUCAACGUUUGCGAUGGCGUGUAACUAAUAAAUUUCUUGAAUGUUUUAAUCAACUUGGUCGACUUCACAUAUUGCGCGGAUGCGCCAAAGAGGCAGAUUAUUUUUUCAAAGAGGCUUUAAAUUUAAUUGAAGUUUCAAAAGUAAAUUCUGCCAUGAGUCUUUUUUUAUUGAACAUCGCUGAAUUAGAAUAUAGAAAGCAUUGCUGGAAGGAGAGUAAAGAAAAAUUGGAAAAGGCAUUAGAGCAUCAGCAGAAGGUCGACAUUUUUCAAAAAGAAGUUGCUUUGGCGAACUUGUGCCUUGGUGACUUUAAGCAUCGAGAAGGCGAUUUCAAAUUUCUGGAAGGAGAUUCCAAAUUUCAGUUGCAUUGUUAUAAAUCUGCAUUCGAAUGCUAUCAGCGUGCAAACGAUAUUUUAGCUGAUAUUAUGAAAGUGGAUUAUAUAACGAAGCUUGAAUGCACUGAUGCGAGCAUAUUUCAAACACCAACAUGUAAAAAAUUUGUCACAAAUCAUCCAACUAGCCCAAUUGCUAAAAUUACAGGGGAUGGUGCAGUUCAGUAUGAAUGCUUUUUACUUUCAUACAUGAAAAGCGAAUUGUUUCGUCGUCAAGCACUAAUUGCAAUUGAUAUAGGUUGGGUGUUAAGUAAGCAAGGGAGUGUUAGUGAGGGCAUUAGGUUAAUUGAACUCAGUUCAUAUUCAAAUCAAUCGUGCCUUGAAAAGGCAGAGCACCUAUUUGCAUUGAGCAAAGCUCAUAUCAUGAAUAUAAAUGAUACACUAAUGAACCAAAACCGUUUAGUGUUUGAUAAUGUUAGAGACUCUGCAAACAAAAAAAGGUCACGAAGGGUAGUUAAAUCAAAGACAGAAAUUUCAUCUCAUCUGCUCCAGGAAAUUGAUAAAGUGAUUGAAUAUUUAACAAAAGUUUAUGAUCUGGUUUAUGAAUGUGGCCCAACACAAUUGUUGCAAGAAACUUCGUUAAGUAUUACAAUGAUGAAUGUGAUCAAAUCUUAUGGGCAAGAUCAAAACCUUGAUCAGUCUGAAGUGGCAAUCAUGUGUGCUUAUUAUUUGGAGAUGACUAAAGCACUUACGGCUAAAAGGCAAAUGAUUGCUAAAUUGAAUGAGAAAUUACGAUCCUCCCUGACAUAUGAUGAUAUGCAAUGGCCAAAACAGAUUACAAUAUCAGCACGUUUAGAUGAAAUCAAUGAUUGUGAUGAUGUCUUAAGUGGUGAAGUUGGUUCUCAAAUGGAUUUUUUAAAAACUUUAUCAAAGCGAUAUACGAAAGAAUUAUCAUUAACUUAUGAACAGUUUCAAUCCGAAUUCUUGGACAUCUUGCCGCACAAUUGGGUUGUCUGUUCGAUUUCUAUUGAUAUUGAAACAAAUGAUAUGUAUAUUUGUCGGUACCGAAGAAAAAUAUCACCUUUAUUGUUAAGAUUGCCCUUGAAACGUCAGUCGAUCAGAGAAGGUGAUGAGGGUGGCUUUACUUACAGUGAUGCAAUUAAGGAAUUCAAUGACAUACUAGAAUUGAGUAAUCAAAGUAUGCGUGCUGGUAAAAUGUCACAAAAUAAACGUGAAAAGGUAGAAUGGUGGAAAGAAAGGUCACAAUUGGAUUUGAGGCUUAAAGAAUUACUUGAUAAUAUUGAGGAUUGUUGGCUUGGUGGCUUUAAGGGAAUUUUAAUGGCAAAUACACAUCAUGAUCCCAAUCAAAUUUCUCGCUUUAAGGAAAAAAUGGAUAGUAUAAAUUUUAGAUGUGAUGUGCGCAAACCGUCUGCUAAAUAUCAAGUAAAAAACAAGCUUGAUAUUGAUGUAGAGUUAUAUAAAUCGUUACUUCGUUUAGGUGCGAAUCCCAAAGAUGAAGAUAUUGAAGAUGUCCUUUAUUUCCUUGUGGACGCUUACAACAAAUAUAAUGACGAACAGAUUGGGUAUGAUGAAAUUGAUUGGGACAAACUCACUAUUGAUAUUCGAGAAAUAAUUUCUAGCAUUAAUUUUGUUGGUUCGUCUCAAACUGAUAAUCAGCAUGUGAUUUUGAUUCUCGACAAGAAUGUUCAAAUGCUACCAUGGGAAAGUCUACCGUGUUUGCGAUCUCAGGCUGUUUCGCGAUUGCCUUCUCUGUCAUUUUUAAGAGAUCGUAUAAUGUUUAUGAAUCAUAUUAAUAAUCGACAAUGUGAAUCGAACAUUUCGAACUAUGUUAUUGAUCAACGCAAGGCUUUUUAUGUUCUCAAUCCGAGUCAAGAUUUAAAGCAUACACAAAAUGAAUUUGAAGAUUUUGUAAAGAGUUUUCAAGAGUGGGAUGGGGUUAUUGGUCGCCCUCCUUUUGAGCUGGAAUGCAAAAAUGGUUUGGCAAAUAAUGACCUUUAUAUUUAUGUUGGCCACGGUACUGGAGAGCAAUAUAUUCGAAGUAAUCGUAUCAGAGCCCUUGAACGUUGUGCAGUUACACUGUUAUUUGGUUGUAGUAGCGGCUAUUUGUGUAACGGAGGAGAGUUUGACCCAUCGGGUACAGCUUUAAGUUAUAUGAUAGCAGGCAGUCCAGCACUUGUUGCUAAUUUAUGGGAUGUCACGGAUAAAGACAUUGAUCGGUUUAGUAAGGCGCUUUUCAAUAAAUGGGAAUUAUGUCCUAAUUUUACAAGUGCUAAUGAUGAUAUUAGGAGUUAUCAUUCCAAAAUUGAUAUGAAUUCAAGGAGGGGGAUAUCGUUGGUCCAAGCUGUAUCAAUGGCAAGGAACGAAUGUAAGCUGAAAUAUCUAAUUGGUGCAGCACCGGUUGUUUACGGUAUUCCUUGUUAUUUAAGUGAUGGCAAAUGA